UCUAAUUUAACUCUCAACGUCCUUGAAAAAGCAGAUGUAUGACUAAUAACUAAAAAUUAAUUUAUCCAUUGGCAUCAUAGCUUGAUUAUUACCGUUUGAAAGAACAAACUACUGAACGUUCUAUUAUAAGUGAAAAUUAAAAUAGACAUCGCGCGAGUGACAUUUAAAUUAUAUGAACAAUAUUGUUCAUAAUUAAAAAUCAUAAUUAUGGAGCCUAAUCCAUGCGACAAUAAAGUAUCUAAACCAAAUAUUUGGCCACAUAUGACCAUGUCUUCGUUAUUUAAAUCAUUCUUUGUAAACUUAACAACUACCGGUAUUAUAUGGAGUUGGGGAUACAUGAAUUUUAGCUUAGCAUGGCUAAUCGCUCCUAUUAUACUUUUGGUAUGGAAAUCAGAAAGACAGAAGGAUCAACAAUUAAGAGCCAUCACUGCGCAAGCCAGUGUAAUGGCUAAUGAAAAAGAAUUGAUCGGUAAAAGAAUGGACGAAUUACCAUCUUGGGUUUAUUUUCCUGAUUUUGAUAGAGCUGAAUGGUUGAAUAGGAUAUUGUACAAAGUUUGGCCAAGCAUUAAUCAGUACGCUCGUGAACUUUGCAAACAAACGAUAGAACCAUCUAUCGUUCAAAAGCUAGCCGAUUAUAAGAUCAAAGGAUUUCAAUUUGAACGAUUAGUUUUGGGCAGAAUUCCUCUCAAAAUUUAUGGAAUAAAAGUUUACGAUAAAAAUACUUCCAGAAAUGAAAUCAUCUUAGAUGCCGAUGUGAUGUAUGCUGGAGAUUGUGAUAUUACAUUUUCUGUUGGAAACAUACAAGGUGGUAUCAAAGAUUUCCAGCUUCGAGGUCUAAUGCGCAUUGUUAUGAAACCAAUAAUAUCGGUGAUACCAAUAAUUGGAGGAAUACAGGCCUUCUUUUUAAACGUACCAGCAAUCAACUUUAAUUUAGUGGGUGUAGCCGAUGUACUUGAUCUUCCUGGUUUUAGUGAAACCUUAAGAAAAACUAUUAUAGAACAAAUAGCUGCAAUUGUAGUAUUGCCUAAUAAAAUUGUUAUUCCUUUGAGCGAACAAAUACCAGUAGAAACAUUGAAAAUACCUGAACCUGAGGGUAUUUUAAGAAUUCAUGUUAUUGAAGCAAAGCACCUUAUGAAAAAAGAUAUUGGUAUGUUAGGUAAAGGGAAAUCUGAUCCAUAUGCUAUUGUAAAUGUUGGUGCUCAACAAUUUAGGACGAAAACUAUUGACAAUACUGUCAAUCCAAAAUGGGACUUUUGGUGUGAGUUUGUAGUUGAAGGGGGUUUGGGAGCUUACAACACCGUGAUUACCGAGCUUUUUGACAAAGACAACACUGGUCAGGAUGACCCACUUGGCAGGGCCACAAUAGAAGUCAAUCGCGUUAAAAAGAAGGGAGUAUUAGAUACGUGGGUAUCCUUGGAACAAGCAAAACAUGGAAUGGUUCAUUUAAGAUUAACAUGGCUUCAACUUACAAAAAAUCUUAGUUAUUUGCAAGCUGCAUUAAUGGAAACUCAAGAACUUCGUGUAACAUCUAUGAGUACGGCUGUACUUAUUCUUUACGUAGAUUCAGCUAAAAAUUUACCCUGUCUUCGUGGAAGUAAACAGCCUGAUGUAUAUCUUCAAGCGAGCAUUGAUAAUCAAACACAACGGACUAAUACAAUAUUAAGAUCAUGUGAUCCGGUAUGGGAACAAGGGUUUACUUUUCUAAUCAGCAAUCCAGAAUCCAGUAUAAUGCACAUCCAGAUAUUCGAUGAGAAGACUAAUAUGACGGUCGGAGAAAUGUCUUACAAGAUUUCUUUACUUACCGAAAAAGAUAAUCUUGAAGUAACUCAACAACCAUACGAUUUACAAAUGGCAGAAGCGGAUAGUAAACUUGUCUUAUCGAUGUCCUUAAGUAUUCUCAAAUACGAAGAACCGGAACUUACUUCUGAAGACGAAGAUGAUAAAGAAAAUGAAUUGAUUAAACAAAUGGUACGUCAAGAAUCCAACGUCAGUAAUGCCUUUCAAUCUAGUGUACCUCCAAGUCCUCUUAAAAAACAAUCUUCAAAGGAAUCAAUCAAUAGUACUGCAUCUGCUCCAAUAGCACCAAUUGAAGAAACGAUUUCGCAUGCGGAAGAGGAGGAUAUUAUUGUUAAUUCCGCACCAUCUCUUUCUUCUUCAUCAUCUCCAGGUCUUAUUCAUAGAACUCCAAGUACUACAUCGUCUGCCGGUGAAUCGAAAUUAGGAAGAAUACAAUUAACUAUACGGUACAGUGUUCAAAGACAAAAACUUAUUGUUGAUGUUCACAAAGUUGCAAAUUUACCUCUUCCACCAAAUGAUCCAUCCAAUAUACCAGAUCCGUACGUAAAACUUUACCUUCUACCGGACAAGCAUAAAGAAACAAAACGUAAAACGGCCGUAAUGAAGGACAAUUGUAAUCCGAUAUUCGAUGAAAAGUUUGAAUAUCUCUUAUCGCAAGCUGAUUUAAAUUCACGCAUAUUAGAGGUUUCUGUUUGCACGCAGAAAGGUUGGCUUUCUACCGGUAGCAAAAUUAUGGGCCAACUUCGUUUAAAUUUAAGCGAGGUUUAUGUUAAUAAAUCACAAACUACUUGGUAUGAUUUAGAGCCAGAGACGAAAGAUUAAAAAACAAAACAAAACCAAAAAUGAUAACGACGAUAAUUGGUGUUAAAGAC